CGCACGAUGUUGAUUUGGCCUUGAAUUUGUCUUAUCUGUUUGAAUCUGUUUUCAUCCGCGUUCUGCGAAACACCGUUUGCAACGGGAAAGUGCACCAUGAUCUUGUCGACAUCACGUGCUGCUGCCCGCUUGCGGUUAACGUUGUGCUCCAGCCGAUUGCCGGCCUCCUGCACCGGUAUCCGAGAACCGGGGUGCACCUUCAGCAGCAGCAGCAGCACCACCACCGGUGGAGGUGGUCCCGUUGCGGCGCAAUCCUCCUAUGCGACAACGGUCCGCGUAACACAGGAAAAGUGGCUACAACGGUUCCAAUCGGAAAACAUCCCCGAACCGGAAACGUCCAUCACCAACAUCAUAGCGCACGUGCUCGAACUAUCCGGACCGGGUGAUGUAGGCCAACACCAGAACUCGUCGCUCAGCGAGCAGCAGAUGAGCAGGAUCGAGGAGAUGUGCGAGUGCCGACUGGCCAGGAUGCCCCUGCAGUACAUUAUCCGGAAGUGGGAUUUCCGUGAUUUGACGCUCAAGAUGAUCCCCCCGGUAUUUAUUCCACGUCCGGAGACGGAGGAACUGGUUGAGCUGAUACUGCAGCAGAUGGAUAGCCAGAGGGAAACGUUCUUUCUCGAGAUUGGCUCGGGCAGUGGUGCGAUCAGUCUUUCGAUUUUAAAACACGCUCCAAAGUCCUCGGGCAUCGCGAUCGACCAGAGCCGGUUGGCGUGUGAGCUGACACGCGAGAAUGCUGCAGCGGUCGGGCUGGACAGUCGGUUGCGAAUUUUCAAACACAAACUGAUCAACGAUCUGCCGGAGACGCUGGCGGACAAGCGGUUCGACAUGAUCGUGAGCAACCCGCCCUACGUUCCUUCGGUGCUCCUGCCAACGCUCGAACCGGAGAUAAAAAUCUACGAAGAUUUACGCGCCCUCGACGGUGGCAACGAUGGACUGACUGUGAUAAAGGCAAUACUGCGGAUAGCUGCAAAGCACCUCACCAAAGACGGAGUACUGUGGCUCGAGGUGGACAGUUCCCAUCCACCGGUGAUCGAAAAGUUUCUCACGCAACACGGCGACACGAUGGGAUUACGCUUCGUCGCUUCGUACAAGGAUCUCUUUCAAAAGGAUCGUUUCGUUGAGAUCGUCAAAUGCUGCUAGACCAGCGCAAAUGUCGUGGUAUAUUUCCAGAUGAGAAUUCAAUACGAGUUUCACAGUUUGUGUGGCAGUAAGGGAAAAAGACGAACCGCCGGACGAGCGCCGUGUUUAAAGCAAACGUUUACGGCAUUCCUUUUCCCCGCAGUGACAGUAGAGUACCUUGCCGGCCACCGACCCGACAUCGUAGUUGUAGUUCCACGUUAACUCCGAGCCGGCCUUUAUCAAUUUCUGCGCAAAGAAGGCCACCCACGGGAACCGGGCAUCGUGCGUAUCGACGAACACGUUCUGCACAAACAGAUUAGGUACACAGGAGUGCUGAAAUGAACGAUGGGUUCAAACACAUGACAAGUUAGCAUAUUUUGGAAAAUUCGCUACGAUACUGUAGAGCAGCAUCUUAAAACCUACAUUAAAAUAGCGGCCCAGGUUGCCCGACUUUUUGGCGUCCAUGAUGUAGGUGGCUUCGUUCUCUCCAUAGUAUUCGCGAAGAGAUUUCCUUUUCUUAGCUUUACCCAGCGCCUCCGCACGCGACAUUUCCAUGUUGGGGGCGAAAUUGAUUGGUUCGCGCUCUGCAAACAACCGGGCAUCAAUAAUUAGUCCGUAGGAUUAAAAUAGCUUCAGUUAGUUUGCUUCAAAAGCAACUCAUUAGAUACAACCCCCCGUUGAAUCAUUGAAAAGAAAAAUCCCUGCGAUAAACGUACCUCCGGAA